UAUAAUAAAAUGAUCACACUCCAACAUUAUCUAUAUCAAGAAACACCAUUCAAGGAGAAAUACCGGCUACAUUUAGCUCAUUGAAAGGACUAAGUAGUAUAGAUCUUUCCUCAAACAACUUAACAGGGAAAAUACCUGAGUAUCUCGGAGAUUUUGCAUCUCUCGGAACUCUAAAUUUAUCUUACAACUGUUUUGAAGGAAAGUUUCCAGUACGGGGAGCUUUUAAAAACACAACCAUUGUUUCUAUUAAAGGAAAUGAAAAUAUCUGUGGAGGUGUUCGAGAAUUUAAGUUGCCUCAUUGUACCCUUGAAGGAUCGACAAGGAUAAACCAAACUCCUCAUUCCUUAAAAAUCAUCAUUCCAGUCUUAAGUGUGAUAUUUUUCCUAAUCAUGGUAAUAACGUGUUAUUUGGUUUAUAGAAGAAAGUAUGGUAAGAAGGCAUCUAAGGAGAGUGACUCCAACAUCAAAAGUCUUCCACAAGUAUCGUAUGGAAACUUACAGAAAGCAACCAAUGGGUUUUCUUCCGAAAACUUAAUAGGUUCUGGGAAGUUCAGUUCUGUUUAUAAGGCCGUUCUGCCUCAAAAACAUGGACCACAAGUUGUCGCUGUGAAGGUACUAAACCCAUCAGUUCAUGGUGCUCAGAAGACUUUUAUUGCCGAAGGUGAAGCUUUGAGAAAGAUUAGGCACAGGAAUCUUGUAAAAAUCAUAACUUCCUGUUCAGGAACUGAUUUUCAAGGGAAUGACUUCAAGGCUCUUAUCUAUUCAUAUAUGGUCAAUGGAAGUCUGGAAGAUUGGUUGCAUCACAAUCCGAAAGUUAGUUUAGAGAUCGUGGAGGCAACCAGAUGUUUAAACUUUAUUCAGAGGUUGAAUAUAGUGAUAGAUGUGGCUAGAGCCAUUGAUUAUAUACAUUUCCAAUGUGGAUCACCAAUGAUUCAUUGUGAUCUCAAACCAACUAACAUUCUAUUGGAUGCGGACUUGAUUGCUGAUGUGGGUGACUUCGGCUUAGCAAGAAUUCUUCAGUAUAACUCACAUGAUAUUUCUGCAACUCAUACAAAUUCACUUGGUGUACUAGGCACAAUAGGUUAUGCUCCACCAGAAUAUGGAAUGGGAGGUCAAGCCUCAACAUAUGGCGAUAUCUACAGUUUUGGAGUCCUACUACUAGAGACCUUUACGGGCAAAUGCCCUACUCAUGAAAUGUUCAACAAUGGUCUGAGUCUUCGUGAUUUUGUGAAAAUGGCUAUACCUGAUCAUGUUUUGGAGAUAACUGAUCCGGUCCUUCUGGAAACCAGACAAGAGGAAAAUGAACGCACUCGUGCAUAUAGAUCAAUCAAGGAGUCCCUAACUGCAAUAUAUCAAAUUGGCAUUACUUGCUCCAUAGAAACACCUAGAGAUCGGAUAGACAUGAACAAUGUCUUCAAUCAACUAGAGUCUAUCAAGAAAACUUUUAAUGGUGGUAGACGCAACUUAAUGUAAAGUACAAGAGUUUCAUCGAUCUAGCUACAAAUAGAUAGAACAAAAAUCUCUGUUUUGCUA